CGGGGGAGAAAUUCUGUUCUUCCGGGCACGUUGAAGAUGAAGUCGUCGGCCGCGCGUUACCGACGCAAAUCUCGUGGCGCGACGUUCGACGAGGACGAACCGAGCACCACGACGCCUUCUUCUUGUUCUUGUUCUUCUUCUUCGGAGGCUCAUUCUACCAACUGCCACUGCCAUUGCCCGUUGUCGGGCCGCGGAGUGUUCGAGGACGUCGACGGUGUGCCAGCCGCAUGGACGUCAGCGGUGACAUGCGAUCUCUGCGAACGUCUCCGCGGUCGAACGGGCCGACGUUCCGAUCCGGUGGACGCGACACGGACAGAGGAUGUCCUUGCGGCUGACCGCCGGCCGUUGAGGCGAAAACAACACGACGAGAACGGCUCGUCGAAGAGCGAUUUGAGUGCGGCGAUCGAGAAACGUGACAGAACUUUGAGAUGCGACAGAGUUCCGGCCGUUGAGUCUUCCGCGAGAUGCGCGUCGAGCGUCGUGCGGUGGAAUCUCGCGGUCAGGUUCCAGGACAAAUCGACAAAGUGGCAGAGGAUUCUCCUCUGGAUCGCAGUCUUGAUACUCGCAUCGGUACCCAACCUCGCGAUGGCGCAACAGUCCAAGUUUGGCGCCAUCGGUCCUCCUAGGAAAAACGGAGUGUGCCAAAGUAUAGACAUAAGAAAUAACGUGAAUCAAUUCUCGAAACUGGAAGGAUGCCGAGUGGUCGAGGGCUUCGUACAAAUUCUCUUGAUCGACCGAGCGGAGCAGUCGGCCUACGCCAAUCUCAGCUUCCCCGACCUCGUCGAGAUCACUGGAUAUCUCGUUUUGUACAGAGUGAGCGGUUUGAGGAGCGUCGGCCGUCUGUUUCCGAACUUGGCGGUUAUUCGCGGGCAUUCUCUCUUUAUCAAUUACGCUCUCGUGGCAUUCGAGAUGAUGCAUCUUCAGGAGCUCGGUCUCCACUCUCUAACCAACAUUUUACGUGGGUCCGUGCGAUUCGAGAAGAACCCGACGCUUUGCUACGUCGACACCAUCGACUGGGACAUUAUUGCCAAAGCUGGCAAGGGCGAACACGUCAUAUCGGGUAACAAGUUAACGAACGGUUGUCCGGUGUGUGACAAGAAGUGCCCAGCAAGACAGACUAAACCAGAUGAGACCUUAUGCUGGAAUCGACAACACUGCCAACGAAUAUGCGAUCGAAAGUGCGAGGAUUGCGCUUGCGAUGACGGAGGACGCAACUGUCAUCGUUCCUGCCUGGGUGGAUGCACGGGACUGACAGCCAGAGACUGUAUCGUUUGCAAGGGUGUGAUAAUCGAUGGCCACGAGUGCAAGAAUCGUUGCCCGGAAGGCACCUACGAAUUUAUGAACCGGCGUUGCAUCGGAGAACAGGAAUGCCGUCUAAUGCCGAAGCCGCGCGAGGCAUUGGACACUGUCAAGGAUUACCCAUACAAACCGUUCAACGGCAGCUGUGUGAUUGAGUGUCCGGCGGGUUACAUGGAGAGCGAUGACUACAGCGUGUCCUGUCGACAGUGCGAGGGCCCGUGUCUGAAGGAAUGCGCCGGUACGAACGUGGACAGCAUUGCCUCGGCGCAGAUGCUUCGCGGAUGCACUCGUAUCAGCGGUAGCCUGGAAAUACAGAUACGUGGCGGGAAAAAUAUCGUAAAGGAGCUCGAGGAUAGUCUGAAUAUGAUCGAGGAGAUAGACGGCUACCUGAAAAUCGUUCGUAGCUUCCCGUUGAUAUCCCUCAACUUCCUGAAGAACUUGCGCGUCAUUCGCGGCAACGAACUCGACAAUGGCAAAUACAGCCUCGCCGUGCUCGACAAUCAGAAUCUUCAGGAGCUGUGGGACUGGCGCACUCAUCGGAACAUCAGCAUCAUGUCCAAGGACGGACCGGCCAAGAUCUUCUUUCACUUCAACCCGAAAUUGUGUCUAUACAAGAUCGAGACGUUGCGAGAGAAGGCCAGGUUGAACGAAUUCACCGAUCUUGAGGUGGCGCCCAACAGCAACGGAGACAAGGUCGCCUGCAACGUCACCGAGCUGAAGACCAAGAUCAUCAAGAAGACAUCUAGGGGUGCCAUCAUCGAAUGGGAGACUUUUAUGCAUCACGACACCAGAUCCUUGUUGGGUUACAUCGUUUACUUCAUUGAAGCGCCUAGUCAGAACGUGACGAUGUACGACGGUCGCGACGCUUGUGGUGGCGACGGCUGGCGAGUGGAGGAUGUCUCUGCCGAGAGCUCGACGCAGCAGUCGCACAACGGCACGGAGAUACAAGGGCCUAUCUAUCUCACUCACAUAUUGACUCUGCUGAAGCCUUACACUCAGUACGCUUACUACGUGAAGACUUAUACCAUAGCUACGGAGAGAUCGGGCGCGCAGAGUCAAGUCAAGUAUUUUACGACGUUACCGGACGCGCCCAGCUCGCCCAGAGCCUUGUUAACCUGGAGCAAUUCCAGCAGCGAGCUGAUUGUGUCCUGGUUUCCGCCGCUCCACAAAAAUGGAAAUCUGACGCAUUAUCGAAUCGUCGGCCGUUGGGAGCCGGAUGAUCCGAAUUUCAUCGAUCAAAGGAAUUACUGCGACGAACCUAUGUUGUUGCCCGAGAAGAAACCAAUAUCCGUCAUAGCAGAGGAGGAAAGAAAACGCGCCGAAGAGGAGAAAGAAUUGGCAAAGUCACCCGACGCCGCUUCCUGUCCCUGUACAGAUCGUGAAAUGACGGAUCAGUCGAUGCGUGAGAAAGAAGUUUCCAGCUCGAUUGCUUUCGAGAAUGCGUUGCACAAUCAGGUCUACGUAAAACGAAUGACCACGCGUAGAAGACGUGACACUAGCGAGAUGUUGAUCGCAGCAGAUCUAGCCAAAGAUUCUUCCUAUUCCUACGAUCAAGACAAGGAGAGCGCUAACGAUAAAAUCGAAAACGGCACGUAUACGGUAUUCGAGCGAUUAGUGCCGAGUACGAAUCUUACUUACGUCAUGAAAAACCUCCGGCACUUUGCCGCGUAUAAUAUCGAGGUCCAAGCAUGCAGAGAACGCGUUAGCAAUGAGUCGAAGAAAAAGAAUUGCUCGACGAAGAGCAUGAAGACGUACCGUACGCUGGCUAUGGAGAGCGCAGAUAAUAUUCCACCGAAUACCUUUAAGCUUAAGAGUAUAUCUGGCGAAAAUAACAGUCUCACUAUGGUUACAUUGUCCUGGGACGAGCCGCCUCAACCCAACGGCCUAAUCGUCACGUACCAGAUUGAGUACAAAAGAGUAGACAUAAAAAAUAUACAAGCAACGGUGGUGUGCAUUACGAGGCGCGAUUUUACCAACGCGGGAAACUCGUACAUCUUGAAGGAUCUUCCUGCCGGGAAUUACUCCGUAAAAGUUCGAGCUACGAGCUUAGCCGGAUACGGCGCGUAUACCGAAGUGAAAUAUUUUUAUAUACGGGAAUACGGCGGCUAUGCUACAUUACUCGGGUCAAUAUUCGGUAGCAUCGCAUUUAUACUUGUCCUAGGUGUGGUAGUUUGUGUGUAUAAAAGAAAAUCGGUACGAAACGUGCCGAGCAUGAGACUGAUCGCGACAGUGAAUCCAGAAUACGUGAGCACGAAUUACGUGCCGGACGAGUGGGAGGUGCCCAGGAAGAAGAUUCAGUUAUUACGAGAAUUGGGAAACGGUUCCUUCGGCAUGGUAUACGAAGGUUUCGCCAAGGCUGUUGUAAGAGGCAAGCCGGAAGUACGAUGCGCCGUGAAAACGGUGAAUGAAAAUGCAACCGAUCGUGAACGGAUAGAGUUUCUUAACGAAGCGUCCGUUAUGAAGGCCUUUGAUACCCAUCAUGUGGUGAAGCUGUUGGGUGUAGUGUCGCAGGGCCAACCUACCUUGGUAGUCAUGGAAUUGAUGGUAAAUGGCGAUUUGAAAACGUACUUGAGAAGCCACCGACCGGACGUUUGCGAGAAUUUCUCGAGGCAGCCUCCGACGUUGAAGAGGAUCUUGCAAAUGGCGACCGAGAUCGCGGAUGGCAUGUCUUAUCUCUCUGCAAAGAAAUUUGUCCAUCGUGAUUUGGCUGCUCGUAACUGCAUGGUAGCCGAAGAUCUUACCGUGAAAAUCGGUGACUUUGGCAUGACGAGGGACAUAUACGAAACGGAUUACUAUCGAAAAGGAUCCAAGGGACUGUUACCUGUUCGAUGGAUGGCGCCAGAGAGCUUAAAAGAUGGAGUAUUCACUAGUUUCUCUGAUGUCUGGAGUUACGGAGUCGUUCUAUGGGAAAUGGUAACAUUAGCUUCGCAGCCGUAUCAAGGCUUGUCAAACGAUCAGGUAUUACGAUACGUAAUCGAGGGAGGAGUUAUGGAACGACCGGAAAACUGUCCCGACUCACUGUACAACUUGAUGAGGCGUACAUGGAAUCACAGAGCCGUAAGGAGACCUACCUUUAUAUGUAUCGAGACGAUGCUGUUGCAAGAAAUUGACAUAGAAGAUUUUGAAAAAGUCAGCUUUUACCACAGUGCAGAAGGAAUCGAAGCUCGAAAUCAAAAUAAUUCGUAUUCAUCGGAUAAUGAAGAUUUAGAAAUGGCUGCCUUACAAGAUCUGCGAGAAGAGAUUGAGGGAGAUGAAGAUUCGCCACUGCGUCAAGACUUUGGUGACUUUGCAAGUUUUGAACCUAGCAGUAUUAAGAAUACUUUGAGUCCACGAUAUGGAAUAGAUUCUUACGGUGAAACCUCUAAAACUACGCCCGACUUCCAUGACAUGAACUGUUCAAAAAUACCUCUUAAAGCUGGCUUUGAAGAUUUUGACGGCGUCUCCGGAGAUUCGCUAUCUAGUAAGGACACGUUGAAUUUGCCCUUCGUUGAAGACAGUCUUAAAUCAGUCAAGAGUUCACCUUUCAUACAUACAAAGAGUGCAUCCCGCAGUAAUGUGAGUCAAGCUUCCUUAGCAAAGUCUGCGAGUCCGCAAAGUAAAGUCAAACAAAAUUUCCUCGACAGUCCAAAUCUGUCCAAGUCGCGAAAUCUCGAUCCCGAUUACGAAAAUAAAAGCUCCGAAAUCAUAUCGGGCUCUGCAAAGAAGGAGACUGCUCCGUUACACGUAAAAUUUCCAUCGGUCGAUGAGAUGGACAUUGAGAUUAAUGGUGAAAAAAACGAGAGCAAGCACGCGGGCGAAUACGUGAAUAAGCCGGAAACGUUGAACAAUGGUUACAUCGGUAACACAACCACCUAGCUUCAAUGAUUCUCUCAACGUCAUAAGCAUCCAGUGCGAAACGAAUCACGCCCGAAUAAUUCGAGACGAUAUCCUUCGAACGAAUCGACGUGAGUAUUAGAACAAAAAGGCAGUGUCUGUGCCAAAUUUACUGGAUCAUAGUUUUCAAAGAAUCAUGCUGAGCAGCGUUUUACGUACAUGAGAGGAAUGUACAUACACGUUAGUGUUCUAUACUAACAUACGAUUUAUACUCAUAAGUUAACAUUUUAAACGUCUAGCGUAACUGAGAGUACAGGUCCUAACAAGCAACAAGUGGAGUUUCCUUAUACGGGUGUUACCAUGUCUCAAUUCCGUCUCUCUAAAUGUAAUUGAUACUGCAACGCGUGUACAGUUAAUUAUACAUGUAUUUGUUGUGCUGCGAUUCACGUCGAGAAGAGCAGCGGAUAUAUUUAUACCAGAUACUGUCUUUUUGAAGUUAUUGCUGUAGUAUACGUUAACUUACUUGCUAAAGACGCCGUCUCCUUUCUCUCUUUGUUUCUUUUAUCGUGGAGUUACAAACGGUUGCGAUUUUCAGCCAAAUGUCUUUACUUGAAACUGGACUACACACUUUGAAAAGCACGCGGGUAUCUGUUAUAUCUGACGAUGCACAGUACCUGCUAACAAAUGCGUGACUCUCCCCAUCAACUACUUAGCAUGUAAGCAAAUGUGUAUCAAAGAAUUAAGCAGGUUGAUUAUUUGUAGAGCAUAGAUACUUUCUGUUUAAUUUUCGCAAGUUUAAGCAAGGUAUGCUAGUUUUCGCUAUAAGUAAGUUAUAGAUUUAGUAUAAUGUCGAUUCGUUUUUCCGCGUUUGUGGCAAGUGUGGUGUAUCAAAGUGGCAAUUAGGUCGACUACCGCGUCGGUAUGACAUUUUGUUCACAGUAGAGAUCACAUUUUAUAAAUUAUGUGAAAUACGCCUAGUCGCCACUUUGCACAAUUUUAGGCUUUCAACUCACACUAUAAAUACAACAUUGUGUUGGAAGAUAUACAUAUAUAUAUAUAUAUAGAGAGAGAGAGUGGUUCAGAGUAGGUAUAUCAACUUGGCAGAUACCAUCGCGCGUUUCUCCAAUUCAUAAAUUUAUAUUAUAUUUAUAUUUCUUUUUUUAUGUUGUUUUAUUGUUCUUGACUCUAUUGUAUCGAUUAAUCUAAGGGUUCUGAAUCCACCAAUUACUCGAUGUAUAGCAGGAGGGAAAUAGAGAGUAAGGAUCUUUUCAAGUUGAAAGAGUCUUCGGUAGCGAGCGUUCGGUUAGCAAGUAUCUGCGAAUUACAAUUUGUAAAAUGUCCGUAGUUUCCAGGAAAUAUCUCAAUGCCUUAAUUGUAACUGUGACAAAAUUUUAGAUGAAGACAAUUUGCGUCUAGAGUCCACAUUCAGUAUAAAUGUCCUUAUACAUGGUUUAUUUACAAACUCGCAAUCAAACUGUACGCUAAAUACGCCGGUGUUGAUUCAGAUGACGCUCUACUCUCGUUUCUCAUUCUGUAUAUCUAGAAAAUCUAGCGAAAUAGACAUCCAACAAAGGUACAUGAAACAAAGGUACACUGUACGCUUGAAAAGUUUUAGGGCUGAGCGAGUUCGCGAUCGUAGUACUUGUAAACUUUUUAUAUUUAGAGAGUGCGUUGAAACAUUUCCAACCCAACAACAAUGAUUCUGUUAAAACUUCCCUUUACGUUAUCACGGAGUCUCAGCUUUGAAAGUUUUCGACAUACUUUGUACUCGUGACAUAGACUAUGUACAUAAUCGUAUUAUUUCGUGGAGCUGACACAUGAAAUCGCAGCCUUACCUCUGCAGUACACCUCUCAAGGGGAGGAGGAGGGACGGAGGGACGGAGGGAAAGGCGCGUCUCUCGUUACACCAACAAAUACCGCUUUACGACUGAAAGUUAGUGAAACAUUCUGCAAAGAUUUACCGUGCAAUUUACAAUUGUGAGUUUACAGAGUUUUUCCAUAUCGUGCAAUAGAAUCGUCCAUGCCAUUUAUGCUCCUUAAGUGGCAGCUCGUGUGAUAUAGCUAAUACAAAAUAAUGUUUCGUUUCUGCGUCGCUCCACGAAAUGAACUAAAGUCAAAUUCAGAGGCAUGUAUUAUGCUUUUGAGUGGAGACGAGAGAAUGUAGACUGUCAUAGCCCAGUGAGAAACAAGAUUGAUGACAGACGGAAAGGUUGAACCCGUAUAAUCAUUGCAAUCGAGAGAUAAAUAAUAUCGCGGACGAAUCCUAACGGAACGAGCUAUGGGGAGAAUUAUUAUACGAGCAACGUAACGCAAUGCAGUUGAAUCUAGACAUAACGAGCCUCUAACACAAGACUGAUUAGCUAAUCCCACUGUACAUCCGUAAUUUCUCAGUAAGUUAAAGAUACAAGAUAAAAUGGUAGAAGUUCCACAUCGUUCUAUAUCCGCAAACACCUUCCUUCGGUUUGUUCGUUUCAUUUAUUUUUUCGCCAUCAAUCCGCUUGAAGGUAUAUAUUUAGUCCACUUCGAGAUUGGUGCGAUCCGUGGUUAUUUCGUUCCUACAACGUCGCGCACAUAUCAUCGUGCCACUUCGGUGCUUGUCAUAGCAAAUGCGUACAGCAGUAUAUGGGGUGUCCAAUAUUGUAGCAGCAUAACUCGGAUGAAGAUUAUCCUCGUGUUAAAAAUCACAAAACGAAAAAAACGGAGCUCUUUAUCAUUUACGCUGUUAUUUCGCUUCUAUGUAAAUUUUAUUUUUCUUAUAUUAUUGAGAUUUAAUUCGCACAAAAGUCUUAUUAAAUCGCCGCAAAAGUUACCACCUAAAAAAAAGUAGAUUUGUAAAACAGAUUUUUAAGUAAAGAAAUAAUGUCGCAUUAGUCGCAAGGUACCCUGUAUAUCAACGAUUGAUGAUACCAGUGACCUAAUAGCAAGUACCUAACGCUAUAACGCGUUUGAUAAGUCACGGUAUCGGAGAUUAUACAGACACAAGGCACAACGCGACAGAUGUGAAAAAUUGCGUAUACAAUUAAGUAAAAUACGUAAAAGGCGCAAAUCUUAGGACACGCCAUCGCUGUCGUUAAUUCAGUUUUCUGCUCUCUUGGAGAGUAUCCGCUAUUUCGCCCCUUUCUUUCUAAUGAUCACGCGGCUGUCCGCUGUUUUUUCUCUGAAUGACAAAUUCCGUUCACUAUUCACGUGCCAAGCUAAGAAAUUAGACAUUUGUUUAUCGAGAUGCUGUUAUCUCCGAUCGAAUAUCGAUCGUAUAUUGCGUACCAAGCAAAACUUUCGAUUGAGAUCAGACCUCGUCGCGAUUGUGCGUAUUUAUAGUCCUGGAUCGUACGGUAAAGCUUUUGACUUUUCUGCAACGCUUCACUUAACGUACAUGUAUAGAAAACUGAUCCUUUUCUUCCAUCUACGUUGGACCUUCUUGAAAGUGAAGUGCUUUAAUGCGCGCAAAACGCGUGUCCCGGAAAGAAAGGCGGUAAAAUCAAGAUAAAUAAGAUAAACAAGAGAAAUUCCCGAAAUUAAGUGCUAAAAGAACAUGAUUAAUGACAGAUGAGUCAUCAGUCGCCAAGGCCGAUGCAUUGUAAUAAUAAGCCUCGCUCGUAUCUGAAGUAUUUAGUAUAAAAUAACGAGUAAACGGUUAAACGCCUAGACCAUGUACACGUACUAUGUACGAAAUAUCCGUAAGAUUAACACGAAAUGUUUCCUAUAUGGCCGCGAGUCUCCGUAUUGUAAGAACGGCGCGCGAUCGCAAAUAUAAUUUAGGCCUAUAGUUUGAUAGCUCUGUAAUAUAUUAGACUAAUUUGGGAUUAAGGUAAUGUGUAAUCGUGUCUGGAAAUUGUGCAACCACAAGAUGUGCAGAAGUGUGCCUGUUGCGCGUAUAUUGAUCGGUUUGAUAAAUGUGUGACUCGGCAUAUAUAUAAAAUAUAUAUUUGUUGGAACGCGUACAUUGUAAUGUAAAUCGUGAAGCAGAGAUUUAAAGAUACAAGCGAUGCGCCGACAGAUCAGUGUACAUCUGUAUCAAUGAUAAAAGAGAUGAAGGAAUAUUGGGCAUAACGGGGAAUGAUGUGUUCUCGUUAUCGUAAAGAUUAAGCGCGUGCUUUGAUUCUGUGUUGUGUGAGCAACUGAAUCCUCCGUUGACCUUUCUUAGACUGAAGCAUCAACUGUUAAUCCUAAAUGUCGAGAAGCGUCGAGCCAUAGAAUUAUUCCAUUCCGAUCCGUAACUUAUUUGUAUUUAUUCGGGGGAGAGAGAGAGAGAGAGAGAGAGGGGGGGGGGGAGAGAGGCAGAUGAAUUUAGCGCUAUCUGAGAAGCUAUUAUCAAUCGAUAUCUAACGCAUCUUCUUUUCUUGCACUUUAACAAGUACACGAGCAUUACUCGGCAAACUUGAUGCUUUAGCAACUCGUAUCAUGCCCUCACGAUUUUGAGAUUAUCAGUACUUUACGUACAAUUUGGAGAUUUACGUUCAUCUUACGUUAGAAAAUGUUGGAUUAGAUUUCACAACACAAAACACAUCUGAUAUUUCAGUUAUAUACUUGUUUUGUUAUGAAUAUAAAUUUUUUACAGUCUACAUUUAAUAAAAGGAUUUUCCUUCCUCCUAUUGAAAUAAAAAUUAUCACGAGAUAUUUUUUUCUUCUCUUCAUUCCAAUACGACAAAAGAGAUCCUCCUGCUAAUUUUCAAUUCUGUUCGCAAGCAGUUCCUAUCUUUACGAUUUCUAUGUUUAAACACAGUUAACGAAUGAGAUCUCUGAUACUACAUUGCAUAUUACAAUUCCUGUGUAUGAUCUCUAAACUUUUUUCAUUGCAUCCUCUUGUGUUUCACUGCAUUAUAUUAUUACGUGCUAAAAUAUACACGAAACAUAUGUUUUACUUAUCAAUUUGCAUUUUUCGAACAAGGUUACUCGAUUACAAAACUGCUCAAUAUUAGAUUGCUCAAGUUCUGUAACGAUCUAAUAGUAAGAUAGCAUCAUCAAACGAGUAACGUGCUAUGAAUCAUACAUCAAUACGACAUCCUAUUCAAUUGCAUAACGAUGUACACGUAGGCAAUCAAAGUCUUUCCACCGAAAUAACGAGAUAUUCCAUUUUUUUAUGCGUACGAUUUCUUUCGCAUAACAAUGCAUUUUUUCACUCGAUUUAGCCGACGUCCGAGGUUCGGAUAUUGAGAAGAUGUAUUGGAAAUUCUUGUAUCGUACAUUCUGAUUUUUUAUCUUGACAAGAAAAGCGCGCGCACGCGUAAUUUAUAAUGAAGACAAUUCACUCUCGUGUGAAUGCGGAAAUGUAAUAUAUUUUAAGAGUUUUAUCCCUGUGUAUUGAUAUUUUCUCCAUUUUGUACAUGUAUCAAACAUAUCCGCGAGUGAACUCGCUCGAUAUGAAAACUUUAUCGAUAUUCUACAAAAUUGGUAUACUCACAAAUAUUUCUGUUACUUCUACCUGUUGUUGUUGUCGUUUUAGAAGACGUUUGCCCUCCUGCAAAAUUAUAAAUUUGCAUUAUACAUUAUUUUAAAUACAUAGUGUUUUUCUCUCGUAUAUUGUUAUAAAAGAUGAAGAAUUAUUUUGCUUAGAAGAACGCAUAUUUUAGCAAGGUAUGGUGUUCAAUCGUUCUUAGUGUACGAAUAUUGAUGCUACUUUUAUUAGACUGUCUUAUAUACAACCGGCGGUAGUUGUCGCUAGCCACAUGUAUUUUCCGUGUCCGGAAAUCGUAGCUGCCACACGUAGAAAAUGUUCACUUGUUUCAAUAAAUGUAUAAUGUAUA